AUGUCAGACUCGGAACGGCCUGAGGGCACUCGACAUGCUCCGCUGGAUGAUCAGAUGCAAGAGGCGAAGACGGAAUGUAGAUUACAAUCACCGAAGCUACCACGAUUACCUUUCGGGAAACAACAUCAGGUCAACAAGUUCUACAAACAACAGUGCGACCUGCUGGAGAACUACGAGAACGACAGUAAACAGAUCUACGUAAGCAUGUUAUUGGUAUUCUUGGGUAUCUUGUGAUCAAAUUUUGAAAAGAUUUUAAAUUUUGCAAUUUAUACGAUGGUACUUAAGAGCGUAGACGUAUAAUAGUAAAGUUAUACGUUCUUAUACAACACAAUUUCUUUGUACAAAGGAUUAUGUUUGUACGAAGAUAUAACUUUUACAAUUAUAAUUUACAGUACGAUGCUUAAAUGCGACGGUAGACAUACAUAUGCUUACAAAACUAUAAUCAAGAGUAAGCUUUUGCGAACGGUAUUAGGCUUGUAUAACAGUCGGGAUUAUGUUGUAUCAGUGACGAAAUUGUAAUUAUACUACUGUACGUUACAUCCGUUGUAAAAUUAAUGUUAUUGUAUAGAUGGUAUUAGUCGUCCACGCUUUUGCAUUGUGUUUUUAAUAUUUAACAUGGCAUUAGGCUUAUACGAAGCUUAACUCUUAUAGAAUUUUAUGUAAUUUUGAAAAUCAGCUUAUGAAUAAGCGUACGUAUAUGUCGCUUUGUUUUACUGUAAUAACCGUAAAGAUCAGAGGUUAAAAAUCAAUUCUUAUUAAUAGAUGGAUUUGAACAACAUAACAUGAAACAAAAGUACGAUACCUAUAUAUGCUAAACAUAUAAGCCUAAAACAUCAAUUUUUAGGAUAAUCGUCAACGACGGUCAGUUCGUCUUCAGCCUGAUGAAGCUCAUCAACAACAACAACGGCUACAAUCAGUUAGUCAUCCGAACGAGAAUCCGGAGACACAACUCUUGAUGGAAGAUGAAAUGGCACUAAACGACAAUUGUACCGAAGAAAUCCAAAGACGAUCUUCUAACAACUCCAGAAGGGUACAUCCAGUUCCUCGGAUUAAUGUUUGCAAUAGGUGAGGAUAUCAAGGAUAUAUUUUGAAUAAGAAGGAUAAUUAUAAUGGCAAUAUAAAUAUAGGUAGAACGUUGGUUGGAGAUAAGAUUGAUAGGCUUGGCUAUCACAGGCAUUCGUGGGGACCUUCAUGAAUGAGAAUUAAUAUAACAAAAGGGUUUAAAUUUUGCAAAGUUUCCUUUAUUAUCAUUAUAAAAGUACGAAUUCGAACAUAUCGUAGCAAGGAAGCUCGAUGCGUCGUUAUCAGUAGCCACCGUUCAGCCACAACAGUUUGGGGAACAGUCUGAUAAUGACUAAAAACCAAAUGUUCGGAGGGUUUAGAAAUAACCUUUCAUUCAGCUGUAACCGAGCGAUUCCCUUUAUUUCUCGAGGAAUCGUAGGUCAUACGUUGGUUCAUAUAAUUAAAAGAUUAUUUUGAUAUUGUGCUUGUUAUUAACCAAGAUAUCCGAUAGGGAAUGGCGAGAGUUAAGGUCUUUAAGACAAGGUAGUUUAUUUUAAAGUGGUUUUAACCCAUAGCUAUAUGAUAUUGUAUGACACUUUGGUUCAGAUAGGGUAUUUAGUGAUUCUAAGGUUUUAAUUUUAAUGUUUUUAAAUGUUACUGUAAUCACUUUCAGCAACGAAAAUGUCCAAAACAGUAACGAUGAGUCUUCGGAGAACUCUGGUCGUAACAGAGCACAUUGUCUUGCCAUUAUGACGUUAUGUGUCAAUCUGAUGUUGACUAUCGCCAAGGCUACAGCUGCUUAUCUAUCCGGGUCUUUGUCUAUUAUGUCGUCUUUGGUCGAUUCUCUGGUCGAUAUAACGUCAGGACUGGUCAUUUGGCUGACUUCUAGAGCUAUCAGGAAGCACGAUCCCUAUUUGUAUCCAGUAGGAAGAACACGGUUGGAACCGGUGGCUUUGGUAGGUUGAUUACUGUAUUUAGAGACAGUAGUUAAUCUGGAAUUUAAAAGAUAUUAAAUUUUUAAACGCUGUUUUAAUUGGAUUGAUUUUUGAGGUACAACAAACUAAAAAGUGAUAUUUUAGGUAAUUGUAAGUGUUGUGAUGGCAGUCGCUAGUGUUCAAAUGGUCGUGGAGUCUACGGAAUCCAUGAUUCAAAACCGGAUGGAUCCUCAUGUGAAUCUACCCACUCUUUGCAUCAUGGUCACUACUGUUGUUGUUAAAUUUAUGUUGUUUUUGGUUUGUAGGACGUCAGUUAAUUUACAUCGUUUUAUUUUAUUUAAAUUAUUAUUAAUGACCGAGUUUGUAAAAUACGACGCAGACUGUUUGAUACUGUCAUAUUGACCAUUCCCUUGUAAUUGACAUGCAUUUUUAGACAAUCUGACCCGUCGAGCAAAGUGUUGGCCUUGGAUCAUAGAAACGAUUGUUUCUCGAAUACUGCUGCUUUACUGUGUGCUUUUUGUGCUCAAAAGUUUUGGAUUUACUUGGAUCCGUUGGGCGCUAUAGCUGUUGCUUUGUAUAUAGCUACUACCUGGUUCUUUACCGGUCGAAAACAAUUGAUCCGGCUUAGUGGAAAGACUGCUGAACCUGAUUUCAUCAACAGGAUUAUUAAGGUAAGAGUUUUGAAAAUGGUCUUGUUUUUGAGUUAUAUUGCUGUCUUAUCAUGUUAUUAUUUACUUGUAAUUGUGGGAAAGGUACUGAUAGGUUACUGAAGGCUUUGAUUUUUUUAAAUUUAUAAAAUUGCGUGCACUUUGUGUGGUACUGUGUAGUACUUUGUAUUGUUGACAUUUGCUGCAAAGAGUAUUAGUCGAAAUCACAGUUUCUAAAUUAAAGUAGUCCAGACUGUAGGAAAGUUGAGCUUAGGGAUUAAGAAAGUCCUAAAUCAUCUAUCGCCCAGUUGUGUUCGUAUACUUUGGAUGUAGUAGGUGGUAAGGAUAAAAUAGUAACGGAUUAGGCCUAAAAGUAACAAAAAAAGGUGUUGAAAUUUUGUUGACAAGGCCUUAGGGCAAGUGAUUAAGUCUGGCCGAAUAUAGCUUGUCGGUUCUCUGGCCAAGUUUCCGGGUUUGAGCCGAUUUCCGGUGGGUAAAGGGCGAUGAGCUACUUUCUCAACAGAUCGAAGUACGGCUUAAAAUAGUACCAUUUACAGUGAUGCAAAAGGCGCAGUACGGAUAAAAUACAAUUUGAGUUACGAAAACUAAGAUAUUAAAAAAGAAGUUUCAAGUUUUGUAAUGUUUUAUUAAUGUCGACGAUGUUACAGAACAUACAGUAUUCUGCUGGGUUUUUGACUUUCGUGGGGGCGGUUUUGUUAAAUUUUCAUUAGACGAGUUUGCCGAAUUACGGAGGAAGGGAGAUGAUUGUUUUGUGAUGGUUACUUUGUGUGGAACAAAACGUAUUGUAGUAGCUUUGCUUUGUUUUUGAUAUCAAUUGCAUAAAGGCUUAUAUGAUGUUAUAAUUUAAUUUAAUAGGCUUUUAUAUGGUAGAAGUUCUAUUUUAUUCUUGACCAAGUUAACUAGACAAAAAACGUGUUUGAAUUAUUUUGCUAAACCAGUAUCAAUGUUAAGAUUCGAUCACUUUGUCAUCUGUAAUAAUAACAUUUUAUAUAUAGACGUAUUAUAUCAUAGUAAAUGUUUACUUUCAAUUUACAAUUUUGACGUUUUGUCUUUUGAACGUGACACCAUCUGAUGUAUGCUUAUACCUUGAGACGAUCACAAAUAGAAUAGUUGAUGUAGAUUAAUUCCAAAUUUAAAUUCUCGAAUAAUUUUGAGGGGUUUACAUUAAUAAUCAAGCGAAUUUAUCAUAUGUUAGUUUACGGUGGGAUUAAGCUCUUAACCGGUCGAUACGACAAGAUACCACCUCUUUACUCAAUGGGUUUCAAUCGCUUCAAUAAAUUUAAAUAUUGUAAUUUAAAAGUUGUAAAAGUAUUUUGGAAAUAUUUUUACGAUGGGUGUUACAUGACAUUUAGUACGUUACAAUAGGUCUGAUACAAUGUUGUAUUUCAAUGAUAUGUAAAGGAUUAUGUUACUAUAAGAUUGAUCAUUUAAUAAUUUUAGGUAUGCAUUGACCACGACGACAGAAUAGACUACAUUGACACGGUGUAUGUGUACCACUUUGGCACGAGAUUCUUGGUUGAGGUUCAUAUUGUGUUAGAUGAGAAUAUGCGAUUGAAAGAGGCUCAUGACAUCUCUGAGAGUUUACAGAACGCCAUCGAGAGUCUUGAGGAUGUGGAACGUGCCUUUGUGCACGCUGAUUACGAGUUUGAGCACAAGGCUACAGACGAACACAAGAUUCCGGAGCCUUAA